AUGACAACCAAGACGGCAUGCAACCAGCUGAGGGAGAUUAUGGACCGGGUUUCGUUAGUUGAUGAGGAGAAGUUCAGGUUGUUGAUCAUAGGUAAGACCGGUUGUGGAAAGACCACGAUCCUCAGCAAGGUAUGCGGUGAGAACGUGGCUGAUAAACCCAGUGAAUCCCGAGGUAUCCACGAUAUCCACAAAGAGAUGGAAUUUAAGGAGAACAGACGCAUGGUCGUUCAUGACUCGGAGGGCUUCGAAGCUGGACGUAAACGGGAGUUCCAGGUUGUCAAGAGGUUCAUUGAAUCCCGAUCACGCAAAAAGAUGCUCCACGAGCAGUUGCAUAUGAUCUGGUACUGCCUUCAAACAAACUCGAGGCCUGUUCAAGAGUCUGAGAAUUUGUUUUUCUCUUAUUCAUCGUUCAAAUUAGUCCCUGUUAUCGCUAUCUUCACUAAAUAUGACUUGUUCGUGCAAGAUCAGCUGCAAAAUAUCAUGGAGUGUGAAGAAGCAGAAGACAUAUAUGACGACGAGGCUGCGACGGACUCCGACCUGGACUCAAACGAAGGGUCCGGUCAACCCUUCCAAGUCCUCGAAGAACGUGCAAAGUUACUUGCAUCGCAGAAGUUCGAGGAGCACUACAAGAAUGUACUUAUGCAGAUGCCACACCCUCCCAAAUCUGUUGUGGAACUAUCCCAUUUGCACGACUCAACUCCGAAGGCCAGUCGGUUAGGUAGCCUGAUCGAAGCAACCAUGGAAGCACUCACAGUGACGGAUAAGUCGAUGGCUAAGGAUAAUCCUCGCCAACGCCUUAGAGCUUUGUUCGCAAAAGCUCAAAUGGCGGAAGUUUCCCCUAAGAUUUCUUCGUCCGUGCAGUGCGUUUUUAAUUCAAGUUAUCAACGUAGAUGA